AUGGCCGAAAACACAGACGAGGGAAAUUCACACUCUGGAGAUCCAACUUUUGAUCACGUAGGAGAGGAUAACGAUCACUGGCUUCGAGGUCAAGCCCUUCAAGACGACUUACGACUGCUUGCUCCUGCCUCGACUUUCGGAGACCUCUGCUUCUUUGGCCCAGACCAUAAUUUUGACACAGCUAACGACCCGACAUUUGUCAUUAUCAGCAAGGCAGUUGAAGAUGGAACUAAGAUUGACGACGGUAUCUUUGGCGAACAAAACACCAGGAAAGGCAACACUGGCGUGGAAGAUACUUGUGUAAACGAUAGCGGCAUGGACAACACCGGCGAAGACAACACUGACAAGGCUUCUACGAAGCCCCAAGAAUACAACUUACUCGGUUGGCUUGCGACUGAAGAAGAUCAAAAACUUCCCCCCUCGGCAUACGCACAUCCGGGUUACUCUAUGUUUCUUGGCGAUUCUCGGUCUCCUAUUGGUAUAGGCAUCGAAACUCGAGAUUCCCUAGAGAUCCUUGCUGCCAAAGAUCUUCUCUUCGCGUUCAUGUAUUCGGUGGCGGCAACAAUAAAAGAACCUCUUGAGUCCAAGAUCGACUGUUGGCCGCCGGAGACAACCCAGGUCGACCUCAAGCUCAGGACACAUGGCAGAACGCAUCUGAGCGAGCUGAUCAAAAGCUUUAAUCAACUGGGUUUCGGGUCUCCCCACGAGGCCGCGGGUACCAUCUUGGCACCUCUGAGCCUGGCAGGAAAGCUGCCUUCCUACGAUAUUUUCAAGAGGAUAACCCAGGAGAUCAUUGCUAGCCGUUCAAAGUCUUGUUGGGAAUUUCUAGACGAUGAAAUCUGGAUCUCGACAUUCUCGAAUUUGAGAAAUCUUUAUACUGGUUACGACAACAUUGGUUUCAAAUGGAUGCUGGUGCUAUUGGUGAACAUUAUUCACGACCUCAACUCCAUCCACAACUUCCGAAAGAUAGAGGGCGUCGACGACAACACAAAAUUGCAGUUGAAGCUAUUUUCUUUCGGCCGCAGAUUUCUUGAGACUUUCAAAUACGAUGACCAGAAAUCGUUAUCUCGUCUUGCGCAGUUUUACAUAGCGCAAGGUCGAGACCCGAGGCUGUUGUCAAGACUAGAGGAGUUCUGCGCUGGUGAGGAGCUGGCAUUAUGGCCGUUACAGCUCGAGGGCGUCUUUCAGCACUCGCGAGCCACACUAAAGUCUUGGACCGGAUCAACGGAUUUCUUCAAACUUUCCCAGACACACUUCAAGGCCAUGAGGGGUGAAGCUGUGGAUAAAGACGACGCGAUCAGGUCAGCUGACGCGAGAGAUAUCUUCGGCGCGACACCCCUACACUAUGCUGCAUCUGUGCCGAGUUCAACCGCCAUAAGCACACUCCUAGAGGAAGGAGCGGAUGUGAAAGCCGAAGAUCUUCGCGCGUAUACCCCAAUGCACUAUGGAUUCGGUUAUGGAGACUGGAACAACGUGGAAAUGCUUUGCAAACAUGCCAGAAACCUGCAGAAGCAGACCAAUCCGUAUGGGUCAUGGGAGAUGAAUACCAUGACACGAGGAACAGAUGGAGCGUAUCCCAUGCAUGUUGCAGCUGCACAGAACAACAAAGAUGUUAUAAGAGCUUGUUUAGAUAACAAGUCUUUGAUUGAAGAUAGGAUUUGGUACCGGGCCGACUUCCAGGGCCGAACUCCAAUACACUGGGCUGUGAUCGCAGGGCAUAUUGAAGUCGUUGGGAUGCUCUGGUCGUGUUCGAUUCGCAGAGUCUACGGCAAUGGAGACAACCAUGGUUGGAAAUGCCUUCACUUGGCGGUUUUACACAACAAAGUCGACAUACUCAGGAGAUUGUGCGAACUCUCAGCCGACAUCAGAGAGAAGGACAACGACGGCAGGACACCUCUAGCGCUGGCAUGCAAACAUAAGAGACUAGAAGCCACCAGGAUAUUGCUUGAUUGCCUUCUCAAGGACCAGAACGUGAAGAAGGCUCGACAGAUCAUCAACGCAGCCGACAAGGACGGUAACACCUCGUUGCACCUAUCUCGCCUUAACGAAAACUUCGAGAUCGAGAACGAGCUUCUGCGCGCGGGAGCAGAUCGGAACAUUCAGAAUGAGCAAGGACAGACCGCACAUGAGAUAGUAUACAAACAAAGGCACCGAAGACACAGAUAG